AUGAAAGCAAGUCCAAUAUGGAAGUCUAAUUUACAUUUGAAAGGAAAUGAUAUGCAAGUCUUUUUUUACUUGUCAGGCGGGGAUCUUCCAAUCGAUCAAGCGAAAAUCAAAAUGAAUGAAAAUUUAUCAAAAAUCGAGGAUUUGAUCUUGAAAAACAAAUUUAUACCAUUUCCACAACGGCCAAAGCAACAAAUCAACAACAUUAUAAAAUAUCAGGAAAAUUUAAAACUUAAAAGUGUUGAAAAAAAUCAUUGUCUAAAUGAUGGUUAUGAAAAUAACAUAACCUCAAAUAUUAUCCCAAGAGCAAUUAUUCUCAAUCCUAGAUUAGUCACAUUAUGGAAAAAUAAUGGAUACAAGGAUAUUUGCCAUGAUUACAAUGAUUUAGUAUUAAAAGCAACUUAUCUCACAUUAUUUCCACCAACUAUUUUCAACAACAAUGACAACAACAAUGAUACUAAUAUUCCUGAUUUAACUAAAGUUGUUUCAAGAUUGAGGGAAUUUGUCAAUUUGGGUUUUAAAUUAACCAAACUAGUCAUGGGUGAUGUGUUGCUAUUAUUUGAAAAUGAAUUAUCAAUGAUUGCCUGA